AUGGCACCUCUCAACCAGCUGGGGGGCCACAUCAACGUGACCUGUGCAGCAGAGAACUCCACAGGGGCCGGCCGGGCCCGCCCGCACGCCUACUACGCCCUCUCCUACUGCGCACUCAUCCUGGCCAUCGUCUUCGGCAAUGGUCUGGUGUGCGUGGCUGUGCUGAAGGAACGGGCCCUGCAGACCACCACCAACUAUUUGGUGGUGAGCCUGGCCGUGGCGGACCUGCUGGUGGCCACCCUGGUAAUGCCCUGGGUGGUGUACCUGGAGGUGACAGGUGGGGUCUGGAAUUUCAGCCGAGUUUGCUGCGACGUUUUCGUCACUCUGGAUGUCAUGAUGUGCACAGCCAGCAUCCUGAACCUCUGUGCCAUCAGCAUCGACAGGUACACUGCUGUGGUCAUGCCAGUUCACUACCAGCAAGGCACGGGACAGAGCUCCUGUCGACGUGUGGCCCUCAUGAUCACAGCUGUCUGGGUGCUGUCCUUUGCUGUGUCUUGCCCUCUCCUCCUUGGCUUCAACACCACAGGAGACCCCAGCAUCUGCUCCAUCUCCAACCCUGACUUUGUCCUCUACUCUUCAGUGGUGUCUUUCUACCUGCCCUUCGGAGUGACUGUCCUCGUCUAUGCCAGGAUCUACGUGGUGUUGAGACAGAGGAGACGGAAGCGGAUCCUCACUCGACAGAACAGUCAGUGCCUCAGUGUCAGACCUGGCUUCCCCCAACAGCCCCUCUCCCCUGGCCAGACACACAUGGAGCUGAAACGCUACUACAGCAUCUGCCAAGACACUGCCUUAGGAACACCAGGCUUCCAAGAAGGAGAGGGAGACUUGCAAAGGGAAGCAAGGACUCGGAACUCCCUCAGCCCUACCAUGGCACCUAAACUCAGCCUAGAGGUUCGAAAACUCAGCAAUGGCAGGUUAUCGACAUCCCUGAGGCUGGGGCCCCUGCAACCUCGGGCAGUGCCACUGCGGGAGAAGAAGGCAACCCAGAUGCUGGUCAUUGUGCUUGGGACCUUCAUUGUCUGCUGGCUGCCCUUCUUCUUGACCCAUGUUCUCAAUACCCACUGCAGAGCAUGCCACGUGUCUCCACAGCUCUACAGUGCCACCACGUGGCUGGGCUAUGUGAAUAGUGCCCUCAACCCCGUGAUCUAUACCACCUUCAACAUCGAGUUCCGGAAAGCCUUCCUCAAGAUAUUGUCCUGCUGAAGGAGGAUAGGAGAGAAGACUCCCUGUGCCCACCUUUAGCUGCCAGGCCACAGUGCUGCUGGCCAAGUCCUGCUCAGAACUAUGGCGCAAUGUUUUCUGAAUGGGGAAGGA